UAUUUUUAGCAAAGAUGCUCCAGAGCAAGAGUCCUCUUUUAGAGCACUUCUCUGGUAUGUAUACUUAUGGACAACCAAAGAUUGGAGACGCCAAAUUCUCCAGAAUAUUCAGUACCCAGCUGACAAACAAGAUAUUCCAUCAUGCCUACAACAACGAUAUUGUUACACGCACUCCUUCUUGGUUUCACUAUGAUACCCCACCUGGGACCCUUGUCUUCAUCGAUUCGGCGUACAAUAUCACGCUCUAUCCUCCUAAUCCUUACACAAAUGAGCCUGUUCCUGUUCGCCCCAUUUCUUUUGUCCAUCUUUCGGGUAUCUUGAAUCAUUAUGUCAUCAAAAGAUUAAGUGGCGAAACAUGGAUUAGAAUUAUCUUUCGAUUUGCAUUUCCGUUCUGUUUGAACGAUCACUUCCCAUCUGAAUACUGUGAAGGUUUACGACACGGUACCGUCAACUGGGUCAUUAUGGCUGCAGGUGGAAUUCAAGGUGGAUAUAGAGAUGACAAGCGUACUGUCAAUCGACCUCGAAAAUCAUUUAGUGCUGUCAAUGUACAGAAUUCGGCCAGUAAUAUAAAUAUGUCUCCUAGAGAGCCUGCCUUGUAGAAAUAGUAACAAUAAACAAAUACCCUCAUACAUUUUUUUUAAAAAAACAUCAUUAAUCACAAAGAUGUGUGUUAUAUACAUAAAACAUAAAUAUAUAAUACUUACUGAAAUUG